UGACGUCAAGCACGCCGCGCGCUCACUUCCGCCUGAGGCGGCGCGCAGGGAAGGAGCGGCUCCUCGCAAGAUGGCGGCUUCUCUGCUGAGAUUAACCAGCCGGCGUGGCCUCUGCUUUCGUCUUGGACCAGGGCUUUCCGUGCAGCAUGUGGUUCCCAUGGCAACAACAGCAAAGGAAGAAAUGGCCCGGUUUUGGGAGAAGAACACCCGAUCAAACCGUCCGCUCUCCCCUCAUGUCACCAUCUACAAGUGGUCUCUGCCGAUGAUUAUGUCCAUUACCCACCGUGGAACAGGGAUUGCAAUGAGUUUAGGGGUGUCUCUCUUUGGCUUAAGCGCUCUGGUCCUUCCGGGCCAUUUCGCCGACCAUGUGGAGCUGGUCAGGUCCCUCAGCCUGGGGCCAGCUCUCAUCUACUCGGCCAAGUUUGCCCUGGCGUUCCCUUUGACCUACCACACCUGGAAUGGGAUCCGGCACCUGGCGUGGGACUUGGGCAAAGGGUUCAAGAUACCUCAGGUCUACCAGUCCGGAGUCCUGGUGUUGGUCCUAACGGUUUUGUCCUCCAUUGGGAUCGCGGCCCUGUGAACCUGGGCAGGACUGCCACCUCCUCCUGCUGCCCCCCGAAGUCCUGACCUUGUUCACGUCCUGAGCACUUUGCUUAAUCAGACCCUUGGGAGAGUUGGCGCCAGUGCCAUGGCUUGAAGAAACUGUGGGGCAGGAGCACUCCCAAAUCACCACAUAGUUCACUGCAAAUUGAAGCACGGGGGCUCCCCCCCCCCCCCCCGAUCUGCCUGGAUUAUUGUAGAAUUGUCUCUUUUCCGUCAUGUCCCAUAAUAUUGUCGGGUGACUUUCAGGGGAUCUUCCCCAGCUGAGGCGAGAGCCUGGAAGUGCAAGAUUGCAGAGGGCCAAGAAAUCAGCAUACUGAUUGGCCGAGACUCUGGCAUACCCAUGAUGCACCGAGAGCCAUUGCUUUUCUCAGCUUUUUCUCCCUUUCUCCCCUCCCCGCAAGACUCCAGACAAUGCCCAUCUGUGUGGCCAAUAGAGCAGUGUGUGAGCGAGCGUGUGGGUAUAUUUCUAAGCAGGACAACGGUCCCCAUUGAUGGCCAGACUGUGGCAAGAGCGGUGCAUUCAGCCCGGGCCACCUCCAGCCACCGUCUUGUGCCCCACCUUUAUCCCCAGAAUGCUCACGGCGAGGCUUUUGGGCCUGUGGCCUACGAGCCGUCCGCCGAGGUUGCUGUCACAGCAUGCUGAGACGUUGCAUUGUUUUCUUCGUAGGCGCGGGCCAUUCAGCCUCAGAACAGUUCCUGCCCAGGGAGGGGGGAGGAAGUGAUGUCAUGCUAGCUUAGGGUGGCGGGUCCCCGGUGUGGAAGAACUGGGCCGAUUUACUGCGAUGCUCUUCCAUCGUCUCCUUGCCUGCCUUCCAGUGGAACAAAUAACCUCCACACCUGUGUAUAUAGGAGCCCAAACUUUGCUAUCCUGUCUGUGAGACCUUGAAGCCAGGCAGCCUUCACCCUACAAAGACAGUGCCUUUUGGGCAGUUGUACAACCAUUGAUCACAUUUUAUAAAGUUCAUGCCCUUUCUAUGCAGAAAUAAAAUGACCUCGGCCUUUUGGUAGGACA